AUGGAUCAGCUCUCGUUGGUGGCAGAACAUUGCGCAGCUUUUGGCCACGCCUUCGCCUUCCAAGACGCCGAAGUCUUGGGCCAAGGGAGCGAUCAAAAGGUCAGGGAGACGCUCGAAGCCUGGCACACCACAACUACCUCAAUCAACCGAUGCGUAACUCUGCCUGCUGCCUACCAAGCCCUACGGGUGAAGUUCAAUAGGCAGGGCUACCAACGAGCCGUCAGGCCAGAGACGGCAGUACUCAAACCCGGACCAAGCGGGAACGCGGACGCGCAUAGCCAGGCACCGGGAAUGGACGAAACCGGGGAACAACCGGCGGCGAACGCAAACCCAGGAGACCGCCUUCUGGGUCCGAACGCAGACAGACGCCAGCAGUCGAUGAGAACGCCCGAAAGUGACAGGACCCCGCAGCCCGACGUCAACAGUGGCCUGACAACCACCGUCAACACGGUUACGGGCAGGUGGGAAUGGGACAGCGAGACGAGGCCCCACGACAGUGACAUGACCCCCCAGCCCGACGUCAACAGUGGCAUGAAAACCACCGUCCACGCGGUUACGGGCAGGUGCGAACGGGGCAGGAAGGCGAGAUGCGUCGAGGACGGACAACGGACAAUGCAAACAAGAGCAGCGGCCGCGGUCACCCUGGCGCCGUUCCCCUCCCCACACCCCACAAAGGAUGAGGAGGAACCGAUGCCGCCAUGA